GUGCAAUGGCUCAAGAGUCUCCCAAAAAUUCAGCAGCAGAAAUUCCUGUGACUAGCAAUGGGCAGCUGGAAGAUUCUCACGAGCACAGCUUUAACAGGGACUUGAAACGUUCUUUACCGGUUGGACUUGGACUUUCUGAAACCAAAAUAACAUCUCAUGGCUUUGACAGCACCAAAGAGGGAGUCAUUGAGGCAGGACCGUUUCCAAGUCAAGGUUCCUCAGCAUCACCCAAAUCAUCUGUUAUAUCUCCUAGCAGUGCAGCAGCUAGCAGACUGGCUGGACAAGGUUGUGAUUUAAUUAUUCCCACAGGGGGUAGAGCUCAGCAGAAGAGUGGACCUGUUGUGUUAGCAGAUGAAGUAAAGAAUCCAGCAAUGGAGAAAUUGGAAUUGGUGAGAAAGUGGAGCCUGAACACUUACAAGUGUACACGUCAGAUCAUCUCUGAAAAAUUGGGUCGUGGCUCAAGAACAGUAGAUCUGGAACUAGAAGCUCAAAUAGAUAUAUUGAGAGAUAACAAAAAGAAAUACGAAAAUAUUUUGAGACUGGCACAGACACUGUCCACACAACUCUUCCAGAUGGUACAUACCCAAAGGCAACUUGGAGAUGCAUUUGCGGACCUGAGUUUGAAAUCAUUGGAACUUCAUGAGGAGUUUGGCUACAAUGCAGAUACGCAGAAACUUCUAGCUAAAAAUGGAGAAACUCUGCUCGGGGCUAUUAACUUUUUUAUUGCCAGUGUGAAUACAUUGGUGAAUAAAACAAUUGAAGAUACGUUAUUGACUGUGAAACAGUAUGAAAGUGCCAGGAUUGAAUACGAUGCCUAUCGAACGGAUCUAGAAGAGCUGAAUCUUGGCCCUCGUGAUGCAAACACUCUUCCAAAGAUUGAGCAAUCACAACAACUGUUUCAACAGCAUAAAGAGAAAUAUGACAAAAUGCGUAAUGAUGUAUCUGUCAAAUUGAAAUUUUUGGAAGAGAAUAAGGUUAAGGUAUUGCACAAUCAGCUUGUUCUGUUCCACAAUGCCAUUGCGGCAUACUUUGCUGGGAAUCAAAAGCAGCUUGAACAGACACUUAAACAGUUCCACAUCAAAUUGAAAACUCCUGGAGCAGAUGCCCCAUCCUGGCUUGAAGAACAGUAAUUGGAUGAGAGCACCCAACGUUAACCUAAAAUCUUUAAAUCUGAUGAUAAUUAAAGGUUGGAGUUGAAGGACUUGUAGUGAUUCUUGCACAGAUGGCUUUAAUUUUUCCCCCCUCUUUUGUAAUACUGUAAAACUGAAUUUGGUGGUAAAGUGAUUAAGGUAACCAAACAUAAUUUCUGAUGUUUCAAAUAUAGAGCACUCCUUUUGUAUGUAAAGGCUGGUUGUUAUUUCUGUAACUGGGGUGGGGGAGGGAGAGAGGGAGGGGAAACAGAACUAUUAUAGAUUUGCACUGACAAACGAUGUUUGUGAUUUCUGGUCAUUUUGGUGGCUAGUCAAAAUAUUUCCAAAUGGAGAUUUACAUGAUUUGUACCAUCAUCUGGUAUUUUAUAGAUGAGUAUAGAAAACAUCUUUAGUAAUUUUCAUAUGAGUUUUAAAAAGGAGAGAGCUAAAAGAAUAUUUUGCAUAUUAUUAAUAAGGCCUAUAUGCAAUAUUUACAUUUAAGGUAAUAACAGCAGAUGGCUCAUUGACUAGUUGAAUUGUAGCAAACGCCUUUUAAAAAAAAUGUACCUUUCCAACAUAGGUUCAAAAAACAAAGAAAAAACACUAAAGCAAGAAUCACUGUCAGUCUGAGGCUUCUAAGCACACAUUUUUGCUUUGCACCAAGUGGUUUGCCGAGUGAGGCCAACCAUGCAAUGUACUAAUUUCAUUUAAAAUUUUACUUUCUCUAUGAAAUGAAUACCAUACUAGCCUUAAAUCACAGGUAUGUGCCUUUUUAUAAGAUAUUUUCCACCAGUGUACAUAAUUGAAGAACCCUUUCACGUAAUGGUUUGUCAGUUCCCAACAAGGGAAAGGAGACUGUGUAAAUGUUAUUUCAUUGUAUGCUUAGAGUGAGUUAAAGCUUUAGCUAACCUUCAUGAACAGAUACGGUUUUGACCAAGGAAAUUGGGCCAGUAUGGUUUUUCUAUUUAAUUGAAAAGCAUACUUUGGUAAUGGGAGUAACAUGGAGGAUACUUUUUUUUUAAUUUCUCCAUCAGUCAUGUAGUCCUUAAAAGUAAAGUUCUAUGUCAAUUUUAUCAUAUAUAUUUUAAAUUCAAUAUAUUGGAGUCCUCAUUUGCACAUGUUGUGUUGCUUUGUGUUCUAUUAAGUAAAAUUAAAUACUUCAGAUAUGUUAUUUACAAGUGUGGACUGUAUGAUUUAUGUACUGUACGUUCAAAUGCCUUUCAGCUGACAUUCUUAAUGUUUUCAGUGCUUAACACAACUGUAAUGUAACUGUAAAUCAAACUUUUUAAUCAUUCCUCAUUAAAUUUUUGGCCUGACAGAGCCUUCUUUAUGUUUUUUGUUCUGUCAGAAUCUCUUGUAAUAGUUCAUUUAUGUUCCCCAGAAUGUAUACCCAAUGUGAAUUUUGUAUUCAUAUUAAAGGUGUUUGCAGUCAAA